AUGAGAGAAAUUGUUUCAAUCCACAUUGGUCAAGCUGGAAUCCAAAUUGGAAAUGCCUGCUGGGAGCUGUACUGCAGAGAACACGGAAUCAACCCAGAUGGAACACCUUCUGAAUCAUUUGUCGACGACGAGAGCUGCCAGUCCUUCUUCUACAGGACGUCAGCAAACAAGUUUGUUCCUAGAUCGGUUAUGGUCGACUUGGAACCAGGGGUUGUGGCAGAAGUAGAAAGAGGCGAAUACGCCCAGCUGUUCCACCCCGACUCGCUGAUUGCUGGGAAGGAGGACGCGGCCAACAACUACGCCCGUGGCCACUACACGGCUGGGCAGGAGAUGCUUGAGCCCGCUCUCAACGCCAUUCGAAAGAUCGUGGACCAGUGCAACGGGCUCCAGGGCUUCCUGAUCUUCCACUCCUUCGGAGGCGGAACUGGAUCUGGUUUCGGGGCACUGCUGAUGGCCGAGCUCUCCAAGGAGUUCGGAAAGAAGUCGAAAUUGGAGUUCUCUGUUUAUCCAGCACCAAAAAUAGCAUCUGCGGUGGUGGAGCCGUACAACUCGAUUCUGACCACCCAUGCGACGAUGGAGCACUCCGACUGCUCGUUCAUGGUCGACAACGAGGCCAUCUACGACAUCUGCAAGCGCCUUGGGAUCGAGAGGCCGCAAUACGCCCACAUCAACCACGUUGUGGCGCAGGUUGUCUCGAGCAUCACGGCCUCGCUCCGAUUCCAGGGCGAGCUGAACGUGGACCUGACCGAGUUUCAGACGAAUUUGGUUCCAUUCCCACGAAUCCACUUUCCGCUGAUUUCGUACAGUCCGAUGAUUGCGGCAAACAAGGCAGGCCACGAGCGACUCAGCGUCAGAGACCUCACGUUCAACUGCUUCGAGUCGCACACCCAAAUGGUGAAGUGCGACACGAAGAGGGGGAAGUACAUCGCAUGCUGCAUGCUGUUCAGGGGAGACGUGACGACGAAGGAGGCAAAUCAGGCCACGGCUGAGGUCAGAACCAAAAAGGCCUCUCAUUUCGUGGAGUGGUGCCCAACUGGAUUCAAAAUUGGUCUGAACCAGAAGAAGCCGACUGUUCUGCCUGAUUCGCCAAUGGCUGGGGUGAGCAGGGCUGUUUGCGCCCUCUCAAACACCACCGCAAUUGCAGAGGCGUGGUCCAGGCUCAACAACAAGUUCGAUUUGAUGUUUGGAAGAAGGGCAUUCGUCCACUGGUACGUGGGUGAGGGAAUGGAAGAAGGCGAGUUUAGCGAAGCAAGAGAGGACAUGGCAUUGCUUGAGGACGAGUACAAGCACAUCAUCAGUCUGUGA